AUGUGCAAAGGCAUUGGGUAUAAUUACACCUAUAUGCCCAAUCAGUUUAACCAUGACACUCAAGAUGAAGCUGGCUUGGAAGUCCACCAGUUUUGGCCUUUAGUGGAAAUUCAGUGUUCACCUGACUUGAAAUUUUUCUUAUGUAGCAUGUAUACACCCAUUUGCUUGGCUGACUAUAAGAAACCUUUGCCACCCUGCAGGUCAGUCUGUGAGAGGGCAAAGGCAGGUUGUUCUCCACUUAUGAGGCAGUAUGGUUUUGCUUGGCCGGAGAGAAUGAAUUGUGAUAAACUUCCUCUGAAUGGAGACCCAGAAGAUCUUUGUAUGGAUUAUAAUAGGACAGAAACCACAACACAUCCACCGGGAUCAAAACACUUGACUCCAAACAGACAGCCGAACAGUGAAUGUAAUGGAGAUUGUAAAUGCAGGGAGCCUUUCUACUCCAUAACAAAAGAAUCCCAUCCGCUGUAUAAUAGGGUCAAAACUGGCCAGGUGCCGAACUGUGCUGUGCCAUGUUUCCAGCCCUAUUUCACUCAGGAUGAGAAGACAUUUGCUACCUUCUGGAUAGGAUUGUGGUCCAUCCUAUGUUUCAUCUCAACCUUUACUACUGUGGCCACAUUCCUAAUUGACAUGGAGAGAUUUCGAUAUCCAGAACGCCCUAUCAUCUUUUUAUCUGCGUGCUAUCUCUUUGUAUCCAUUGGCUACAUUGUCAGGCUUCUGGUGGGUCAUGAAAAUGUUGCCUGCAACAGAGACCACAUUCAUUAUGAGACAACAGGACCAGCUCUAUGUACAAUAGUAUUUCUACUUAUUUACUUCUUUGGAAUGGCCAGUUCUAUUUGGUGGGUCAUCUUGUCCUUCACCUGGUUCUUGGCUGCUGGCAUGAAGUGGGGCAAUGAGGCCAUUGCUAGCUACUCUCAGUAUUUCCAUAUGGCCGCGUGGUUGAUACCAAGCGUCAAAUCCAUAGCUGUCCUCGCUUUAAGUUCUGUGGAUGGCGACCCGGUGGCUGGAAUCUGCUAUGUAGGUAACCAAAACCUAGACAAUCUUCGUGGGUUUGUGUUGGCUCCACUAGUAGUUUACCUUUUCACAGGAACAAUGUUUCUCCUUGCAGGAUUUGUGUCACUCUUCAGAAUUAGGAGUGUAAUAAAACAGGGUGGCACCAAAACUGAUAAACUGGAAAAACUGAUGAUCAGAAUAGGUAUAUUUACUGUACUCUACACUGUACCUGCAACCAUUGUUGUUGCCUGCUAUAUCUAUGAACAGCACUACAGAGAAUUCUGGGAAAAAUCCCACAAUGCUCUUGUCCUGGGGACAAAAAUAAAGCCAGGCCUGAGUAUGCGGUUUUUAUGUUAA